CUCCCGAGACACCAGGAAAUAUGGCGGCGCUCAUGACUCUCAGUCAGUUAUCGAACGGAAACCCAGCCUAUGAAAAUCAUUACAGACAGUUGGAUCCAGGAAACACAGGCAAAAUAUCAGCUGGGGAUGCAGCUCAAUUCCUUAAAAAGUCUGGCCUGUCAGACAGCACCCUGGGGAAGAUUUGGGAUUUGGCAGAUUCAGAAAGAAAAGGCUAUUUGGAUAAACGGGGUUUCUUCAUAGCUUUGAGGCUGGUGGCGUCAGCACAGGGUGGAAAUGACAUCAGUCUGAACAACCUCAACCAAAACUUAGCCGCACCUAAAUUUAAAGACACAAACAGCCCGUUAUUAGGUAUUUCAAUGCCAUCAGCUGACUCACAAUGGGCAAUUAGGCCUGAUGAAAAAGGGAAGUUUGAGGGAAUUUUUGAGAGUCUGACCCCCGUAAACGGACUCCUCUCCGGUGAUAAAGUCAGACCAAUUUUGAUAAACUCCAAACUACCUCUGGACGUGUUAGGGAAGAUUUGGGACCUAAGCGAUGUGGACAAAGAUGGACACUUGGAUAAAGAGGAAUUCACAGUGGCCAUGCAUCUUGUGUAUCGUGCCAUGGAGAAGGAGCCUAUUCCAACUAGCUUGCCUGCUUCCCUCAUCCCUCCUGCUAAAAGGAAAAAGUCUGCGGUUGCGCUUCCAGGUGCUGUGGCUGUAUUACCUGCUCUAUCUGGUCUUACAUCUGGGUCGGCUCCGUUCAAAGAUACCCUGCGAAGCACUCCUCCUCUGAGCAGUGCUACUCCCCUCAGCACCAGUACUGUAAACCUUUCUCCAAAACACUCCUUUAAAUCUAGCUCACAGCCUGUGGUGAACUGGGUGGUACCGGUGGCUGACAGAGACAGAUACAGUGAUAUUUUCAAGAAAACGGACACAGACGGCGAUGGCCUCGUCACAGGCAGUGAGGUUAUAGAGAUCUUCAUGCAGUCCACUCUCUCACAGACAAUGCUGGCUCAGAUAUGGGGACUCGCCGACACCAAACAGACGGGAAAGCUGAGCAGCGAGCAGUUCUCUCUCGCCAUGUAUCUGAUCCAACAAAAAGUUGCUAAGGGCGUAGAUCCUCCCUCCACUCUCACUCCAGAAAUGAUCCCCCCAUCAGAACGGACUGCAGCUUUGGGCCCUAGCUAUGCAGGGCUCAUGUCCUCUGUGAGACCAGAACUUGCUGCACUCGCAAAUAUGCGCAGAGACAGUACCAGCUCCACAGGGUCGGCAGAGCUGACAGGCAUCAAAGAGCUGGAUGACCUCAGCCAGGAAAUAGCUCAGCUGCAGAGAGAGAAAUUCAUCCUGGAGCAAGAGAUUAGGGAAAAGGAGGAAUCCAUCAGGCAACAAAACAGUGACGUUCAAGACAUGCAGAAUGACUUGGAUAGAGAGAGCAGCAGCCUGCAGGACCUGGAGUCCCAGAAGCAGGAUGCCCAGGAACGUCUGGAGGAGAUGGAUCAGCAACGCUCCAAACUCGAGGGGAUGCUUAAUGACGUGAAGCAGAAGUGCCAGGAGGAGACUCAGAUGAUUUCAUCCCUGCAGAGCCAGAUCCGCUCUCAGGAGACUGACCUACGUAGCCAGGAAGAUGAACUGGGUCGCACCAAGGCUGAUCUGAGUCGGCUGCAGGAGGAAGAGGCCCAGCUGGAACAGAACUUGCUCUCCGGUCGCGUCCAGCUGGACAGCAUCAUUAAGUCACUCAAAACCACCCAGGAGGAGAUCAACCAGGCUCGCAGUAAGCUGUCGUUGAUUCAGGACAGCCAAAAGGAGAUGACCCAGACGAUUGAGGAGUACAACAGCGCUUUGAGCGACAUCAACGGGGGAAACUUUAGCAACCUGCCAGACUUAAGUGAAGGGUUCACUGAGAAGGAGAAUGGAGGUUUCAGAAGUGCGGAUGACUCUUUUAAGUCAAAGAUAGCCAUGUUCAACAACAACAGCAGUGCUAAAGAUCCUCCAGCAGACCCAUUCCAGACAGAGGACCCCUUCAAGUCUGACCUCUUCAAAGAUCCAUUUGGAGGAGAUCCUUUUAAAGAAAGUGAUCCCUUCAAAGGUACUUCAUCUGAAGACUUCUUUAAGAGGACUGACAAGUCAGACUUGUUUGGAUCUGCAGACCCCUUUGGCAGAAAACCCACACCACCUGUCAAGCCAAGUGCUUUCAGCAGUAGUGACCCUUUCUCAUCAAACAGCCCAAAACCUACGGAUUCAGAUUUGUUCAGGAAGGUGGACCCCUUUGGAAGCAACUCUUUUGGAAGCAAGGAUGGGGGAUUUGCUGACUUUAGUCAGAUGUCAAAAAAGUCGGACAAUUCUGUACUCCCAUCGAAGAAAAAUGUGCCUAACCGACCUGCACCUCCCUAUGUAGGUAAGCUCAGUUUGGGUGCAUCAGAGCUGCUCCAGAACAUUUGCUCCUCAGCAGACAAUAAAGACUCUUUUGUUACAACACACUCAAGUAAAGCACCUAAAGACUGUCCGGUGGGUUUUGCAGAAUUUGGCUCUUUUGGAAAUGAGAGCCAGCAGUUGGAGUGGGCCAAGCGAGAGAGCGAGCGUGAGGAACAGGAGAGACUGAGAAAGCUGCGGCUUCAGGAACAGCAGGACCUGGAGCUGGCCAUCGCUCUCAGCAGGGCCGACAUGCCCGAUGCCUGACCAGGCAUGCCCCAUCACAGCUUUUUGUCUCCUUCCGUCUGCCUCACAACCCUCCAUUUGCCAGCCAAUGACAACAGCACUGACACUGGCCCAACAUGACUAGCAGCCCCUGUUACCAAUUUGUGUUAGAGACCAAUGUUUCUUCAGCUAUGACUGGACACAUGUAAAAUGACUCCAAAUAUAGCAACUAGUUAAGGUUCAUUGCUCCCAAACUACAUGACAACUAUAAUCAGGGACAAUACGGAGCCACUUGAUUGAAGCCUGGCUUCAUUAUACAAGUACAUAGCGAUUUAUCGCAACCCAAACCAGCAGGGUACUUGACUGCAACCUUUAUCUAGCUACAUGUCUUGUUAUGCCUAGUCAACCUACCUUGUUCCAAAGCCUGUCUGCUGAAGAUAAAAUAACCUUUGAAUAAUAUUUUACAGUUGUAUUUAUAUACAAAAGCAAGGAAUCUGUGGUGUAUGAAGUAAAGUGCACUCUAAAACUGUUUUAUAUAACCUUUCAUUACUUAGAAAAAUUCAUAUUGAAAGUCAAACUAUACACGCUAACUACUGUGUUUGCCUAUGAUUUAGUUUGUCCAAUAGCAAAUGCUUUUUUUCUCUUUUCUUUUUUUAAAGAAACCUCUUUUGUGUACUGUAAAUAUUGUUCUAUGUACAAGCCUUGGAUAAGCAGAGUGUAUCCUUACAAAAGAAGUCUGUCUUUAAGAACUGCAGCAUAAUGAUCAGAUUAUCAAUGGCAUGAUUUAGACUGCAAAUGUUACAAGUGUUUCCAGCUUUUAUAUCUACUAUUUAUGGCAUUUAAAGUGCAUGAAUUGAAGAAAUCUAGGAAUAUUAUCUGAACCCUUAAGAUGCUAGUGAUAAUCAUUAAGGUCUUCCUCCCAUAUGAACAAAGUUCUGCCCACCUGGAGCGCUGUUCACCACCCUCUGAUGUCAGCAGCUUGUGUUUGUCAGAUAGUUCAUCAUUGGUUGCCUUGUUGUGACACCCAAGCAACUUGCACUCCCAUACAACUAAAAGCCUCUAUAAAAUGGAAAAGUGUAAACCUUCAUUGAGUAUACUGGUGCUGUUACACUUUGCGUCGUCGUUUUACUUCUUUAACUAUUAUUCACACUACCAACAAUGCACAGUGACAUGUGCUUCCAACUUUUUUUGCUUUUCUCUCAACAACCAAAUCCUGUUGGAUAUUUUUUCCUGUGGAUUUUUGUUUUUGUUCAUUAUUGUCUGAUGAUCCAGUUGGAGGACAUUUCUUCAAAUGCCUUAAAAUAUUGUAUUAUUGUAAUUACACUAAUCAGGUUUUUCGGCACAUAAUGGAUGCACUGUAUAUUCCAGAGCUUACUGGACACAUACAGAGUGACAGCGCCUUAUUUAUCAACAUAUCAACACUGUAACAUGUUAUAUUGCACAUUCUGUAUGUCAUUUUAAGAACAUCCUGGAGUUUUGAGUUGCUCAAAACUGUAACAACUUUCAAUUGAAUAAAAGUGAUUUUUAACAUUCCUGGAA